AAUGGAAGAUGUUUAGAAUGCCUAUUGGAACGAAAGGUUGAACAACUUUUAUUAAUUCAAAGUUUAAUUUAAUUGGUAUUUUUCUAUAAUUCUUAAAGAGAACUUAAAACUGCCAAUGUUGUGUAGCUCUUAAUUACUAGAUAUAGGAAUAUCUAUAUGAUGCAAAUCAAUGCCCCUGUAGAUCUGAGGAUAGGUGCAGUACAUAUUUGUAACGAAAACUCUGAAGCCGUG